AUGUGCAUUGACGAUGCUGUUGUCGUUGACUCUAACAGGUCAGAGAACGUCGUGACUAAUGAUGGUACAACAAUGCGAAUCAUGGCACAGAAGAGUGCCACACCUAGUGCUUGGACAAGGCAAAAGGAAGUGCUCGUCGAAAGCCCGGCCACUGCCGUCCUUGCGGCCAAUGCUGAAAAAGCCAAGGAUGAGGUUAAAGUGAUUAAAGAACAACUGGAGGAUGAAGGGGAUGAAGAGACCGCAGAACCCGAGGCGGAGGCGGAAUCAGAGCCUGAGGCUACGGAGCAGAAGCCUGCCACUGAAGAUCCAGAAGAAGAACCAGAAUCGGAGCUGAAGAAGGAACUUGAAGGUGAGCCUGAAGAUUCUUCAAAGGAAACCGAUUCUGUCGAUGAAGUGCCAGACGCCGACGAAGCCCGGACGGAAGUUGAGGACAACAAACCGGACUCUAAAUCCACGGACGUCGAGGCGACACAGAAAGGCGGUGAGUCAGAGGAUGCAGACGCUAAGCCUGAGCCUGAGCCGGUGGUUGAAAGUGAAGCGAAACCUGCAAAGACUCGAGGCAGAGCUACUUCAUCCUCAGAGACGAAGCCUCAAGCGGUCAUAAAGCCCGAUCGAGCGACUAUCUUGGCAAAGCUGCAAGCUGGUGGCAAGAAGGUCACUAAGACGACUGCAUCAAGCGACGAUGCUGUUGAGAAACCGACUGCAGAGAAGCCAUCAGAACCUCAAGGCAAUGAUGAUAAGAUCGACCGAGAGGCGAUCAUGGCAAAUCUUCAAGCGAAUGCAGAACAGCCUCACGACAGAGACAACGUGGUAGCUAAUCUUCGUGCCAACACCAAGAAGUCUGUCAAAAGAUCUCUUUCUUCUGAUCGGGCACGUCAGCGGACAGCUGAGAAGUCAGCCACGCCUCUCGGUCGUACCGCAAUCAGAGCUGCUCUUACCAAAACGAAGAUUGCUGCAACUCCUGUGCAAUCAGCCCAUGACGCGGCUGAAGCGUCUCGGCGCGAGAAAGAAGAGCAGGAGCUUCUAAAAGAAGAUCGUGCUUACCGCAGGAAACUUGAACUGGAAGCACGCGAGGACGAGCGAACCCGUCGGGAAGAAGAGCGAAAAGAACAACAAGCAAUCCGUACCGAGAAGCGUCAGUGGGACGCCAAACGACGCGAGGACGCACGCAAAGCUAUUGAUAAUGCAGCGAAUUUGAAGGCAAUGAGCCUGCAAGAUAUGGAGAAGAUCCGCGCACAGAACCAAUUUGUUGAACGCUUCAACGGCAUUGGAGAACAAACGACCAAGUACGAAUUCGACGCCACCGCUCCCCGAGGCCCUAGCCAGACCGUCAUCUACACGUCCCGAUUUGUGGAUCGUCUGAGCGAUGUCAUGGAUGACAUGAGCGUUUCGGGCUCGUUGUCUAUCAAAGCUGGCAAGAUCGGUGGCUCCGGCAAAGGCUCUUUCGUCGACUCUGACAAGUUCAAGGAGAGUGACCUGAACUUCUACAUCUCCGUGAAGGUGGUGAAUCAGACUAUCAACUUCAAAGAUGCGCUGGUCUUCAAUCCCCUACGAUCGGUAGACAAGGAGAACUUCCGCGAGGUCUACGGCGACUCUUUCAUUUCCGGUUUCUUGGAAGGCGGCGAAUUCAAUGCCCUCGUCAGCAUGAAGAUCCUCAACAAAGCCAAGAAAACCGAUAUUCAGGCUGAAGCAAAGGUGGCACUGACUGCCAGUGCCGUCCAGGUCGAAGGGGAAGUAAAUGUUGGUGUUGCAAGGUCAAACAUCGAGACCAACACGGAAACAACUAUCCAAGUCAGCUGGUCGGGUGGAGGCCAUAUCAAACCGAUGGAGCAGAAGUGGGAUAUUCAAAGUCUGAUGGACGCUGCUGCUCGGUUCCCGGACCUGGUCGCUGAAUGUCCCCAACGUACUUAUGCUAUCUUGACUAAGUACGACGCGCUGCGAAGUUUCGUUGCACGAAAGCCAGCAUCAUAUACUGCGCUUCAGUAUGAGAAUGCGCAGAUAUACACUAGUUCCCUGCUUGACACAUUCGUUAGCUACAAAGCGCUGUACAAGCGUCUAGGAGAGCAAAUCUUCCAGGUACAAGGCAAAACAAUGGAGAUCCAGCAGCGGAGCGAUGGCGACAACUCAGUCGCGAAGACUGGGGCAAAAGACAGUGAUCAGCAGAAAGAAGGGGGAACAUCGAGAGAAUUAUCGAAGACAGGGACCAGAGACCCUGUAACAGGUCUUUACCAAUAUAAGGAAGAGACCUUCCUCUUUGAUGCAACGGUCAAAGGCCUUAGUGACGCCCGCAUUGCUGCGCGUCGACAAAUGGCUCGGAUCGUUAACGAAGUCAACGAGAUUGAGAAGGACCCUAAGCUUGCAACCGAUGAGGGUCAUGAGGAGCCUUUCCAGGCUUCGACUGCAUUUGAGGCGCGCCUUCCUACGGUCGUGGUGCCGGAAAGACUGCGGAUCAAAACCCAUCCUUUAUCAGGCAAGCGGUUUAUGGCGAAAACCCUUACAGAAGAGGAACAGCAGACAGCUAUUGAUGAAGAUGAGAGAAUCGCAGAAGGUUCCCCUCUUUUCACGGAGAAUGACAAGCUGUCGGAAGAGGAGAAAGCGGCCAUGCAGGCUCUCCUUGCCACCGAUCCGAUGAUUGGGGAAAAUUUCCGUGUCUCCAGCGCUGCUGGCGAUGAGUUUCAGGGGAGGCCAUUCAACAACCUUGAUUACCUCAAGCGAGACUGGGAAAUCCGGUCAAUCAGGGCUGAAGUUGCUGAAGGCGCUCUCGUAUAUCUGGCUGUGUCAUAUGAGAACGGUCUCUUGGUCGAAAAAGGAGCAUCGCGCGAUGGCUCACGAGUCAAGAAGUUUGGGCCUUUCUUCGCCGGCGAGAGGAUCAACUCUGCUUCUAUCGAGCACGGCAGGCGAGUUGGGGAGACGCACUCGCAAGUACUUGGGUUGCGCCUCUUUACUAAUCGUGGUCGUGGCUUGAUUGCCCGUGCUCUUCAUUCUGAGCCUGGUUCAACUCCUGGUUCAACUGGUUCUGAGCCCAGAAAGACCAUCGUCCGGGACGGCGUGCCUUACGAAAAUGUGAGCGUGCUCUAUCUUGACGUGCCUUUCAACCUCGGAUCCAUGAAAGGUUUCUUCGGUCGCAGCGACGACGCGCCUCAGAGCAGCAAGAUCUGGCGUCUCGGCAUUUUGUGGUGCCGCAGCCGCACUGCUGAAGGACCUGGCGAGGAUACAGCCGACCACUUUGGAGAUACCGGUGACGUGAUUGACAGCGAGAGUCUGCAAGAUACGCAGGCAAAACUCACAGCCGCUCAGGUGAAGUUGGAGGCUCUUCAAAAGGCUCUUGCGGAGAAAGACAAACAGAUCCAACAGCUGAACCGACCACCUCCAGGCACACCAUUCCAGAGUUACAUACUACAGACUGGCACGGCAUUGCACGAGACAGAUGACACCUUCGAUUUUGUAAUGGGGGACUGGAACCAGGAUGGCCACCUUGACCUGAUCGCUAUCAAAAAGAGCAAAACUGGCUCCAACAGCACCGAGGUGCACAUACUAUCCGGUGCCUCAAACUUUAAGGACUUUAUACUACACACUGGCACGCCAUUGCCCGAGACAGAUGACACCUUCGAUUUUGCGAUUGGGGACUGGAACAAGGAUGGCUGCCUUGACCUGAUCGCCAUCAAAAAGAGCAAAACUGGAUCCAACAGUACCGAGGUGCACAUACUAUCCGGUGCCUCAAACUUCCAGAGCUACAUACUACAGACUGGUACGGCACUACCCGAGACAGAUAACACCUUCGAUUUUGCGAUUGGGGACUGGAAUAAGGAUGGCCGCCCUGAUCUGAUCGCCAUCAAAAAGAGCAAAACUGGAUCCAACAGCACCGAGGUGCACAUACUAUCCGGUGCCUCAAACUUCCAGAGCUACAUACUACAGACUGGCACGGCACUACCCGAGACAGAUAACACCUUCGAUUUUGCGAUUGGGGACUGGAACAAGGAUGGCCGCCCUGAUCUGAUCGCCAUCAAAAAGAGCAAAACGGGAACCAGCAGCAGUGAGGUGCAUAUACUAUCUGGUGCCUCAAACUUUCAGAACUUCAUAGUGCAGACUGGCACACCAUUGCCCGAGACAGAUGACUCCUUCGAUUUUGUGAUGGGAGACUGGAGCAAGGACGGCCGCCCUGAUCUGAUCGCCAUCAAAACGCGCAACACUGGCACCAGCAGCACUGAGGUGCAUAUACUAUCUGGAUGA